AAUAUGAAGGCUGUUGUUGAUAAAUGUUAAAUGUCCUCCAAUUCUGGAAUGACCUAAAUCUAUUCAGAGUAUACAGUAUGAUACAAUCUAUUUUGACCGGGAGGAACUGGCAGUCAAAAUUGAUUGGACAUCUAUUGCCGUCUGUGGUAUUCAAAGUGCAUUCCCGCUAUCUUAUUUCAUUCUUUAACGAAUCUCGAAAAAGCACAAAAAUGUGUAGGUGUGUGUGUGUGUGUGUGUGUGCUUGUGGUGGUGGGGUGGGGGCAGGAAAGAUGAUGUCAUAGUUUUUGGUCGUUGCCAUUGAAGAAGCUGGUGACUGCGGCCGUCCUCCUCUUCACUCUCUCCAUCCAUCAACCUCAUUUUGCAGGGUUCAUCUGCUUAUUGUGACAACCCGCAGAACAAGAACCUGCGCGCGUGCGCUUCUGGCACAAAACUCAACAAUGGUUUAGUUGUUAGUGGAACAUCGUACAAAGAAGCUCACUUAUCAUUAGAUUAAGAACAAAAGCGGGGGAAAUGUAAGCAGUCCGGUCUCGCUUUUUGUUUGCUUUAUGUUAUGACGUGCCGGCGGCAGUGUAGCGGAGCUUCUCCUGCCCAGAAAGGAGGAGGAGGAGGAGGAGACGCGCGCAGAAGGGUGUCGACGGUGAGCGGAGGAGGCAGGGGUGGAGGAGAGGCUCCGAAGGUGGCUGAAAUAAUAGACUAGUGUGAAUAUACGCGCGUAAUCAUGGCUGCUAAAUCGGACGGGGUCCUGAAGAUGAAGAAAAGCGACGUGGCCUUCACCCCCCUGCAGAACUCUGAGCACUCCGGCUCGGUGCAAGGGCUCCACCCGGGCGGCCAGCCCGACUCAGCGGGCAUCGGGGACGGCGACUUUGCCAACGGAGAGUCUCGGUGCUGCGGCGGUGGCGGGGGUUCCAACACGGCGUGCCUUCGCUUGGGCCAGGAGCAGCAGAAAUACACUGUGUGGGACUGCCUGUGGAUAGUAGCCGCAGUGGCCGUGUAUGUGGCCGACGUUGGCACUGACGUGUGGCUGUCAGUCGACUAUUUCCUCCACCAAGACUACUGGUGGUUCGGCCUGACGCUAUUUUUCGUGGUCCUGGGCUCCUUCUCUGUGCAGCUCUUUAGCUUCCGAUGGUUCGUCCACGACUUCGCUACGGACGACGGAGCGGAAUCAGCCGCCGAUUGCUCGCACAUGGACGCUAAUAAGCUGCUGAGCGGCUCGGCCUCUCACGGCGAUGUGAGCGCUCAGCAUCCCCCGACCACGCCGCAGAGACAGGCGUCGACCGCUAGUAAGAACACUACGACCAACAGCACCCGCAGCACUGCGUUUGGCAGCCGGACUCGGAAACGCUCGGCCUCCUACUCUUUCUGCGUGUGGUUCUCUCAGUCCCUUAUCCACAUCCUCCAGCUGGGCCAGAUUUGGAGGUACCUUCAUACUAUUUACCUGGGCAUUCGGAGUCGCCAGAGUUCUGAGACAGAACGUUGGCGUUACCACUGGAGGAUGAUCUAUGAGUUUGCAGACGUGAGCAUGCUGCAUCUGUUGGCCACAUUCCUUGAGAGUGCUCCACAGUUGGUGCUGCAAUUAUGUAUCAUCAUACAGACAUACAAACUUCAAGCUGUGCAAGGUAUGACAGCAGCAGCCUCCCUGGUAUCCUUGGCUUGGGCCCUGGCCUCCUACCAGAAAGCCCUGCGAGAGUCUCGGGAUGACAAGAAGCCUAUCACCUACCUGGCAGUUAUCAUUCAGUUCUGCUGGCACUUCUUCACAAUCGCAGCCAGGGUCAUCACCUUUGCCCUGUUCGCAUCUGUGUUCCAACUCUACUUUGGCAUCUUCAUCGUGCUACACUGGUGCAUUAUGACCUUUUGGAUUGUCCACUGUGAGACAGACUUCUGCAUCAGCAAGUGGGAAGAAAUUGUGUUUGAUAUGGUGGUGGGCAUUAUCUACAUCUUUUCCUGGUUCAACGUUAAGGAGGGACGAACAAGGUGUCGUCUUUUUAUUUACUACCUGGUGAUACUGGUGGAGAAUGCAGCUCUCAGUGCGUUGUGGUACAUCUACCGCACACCUCACUCCACUGACUCCUUUGCUGUUCCAGCACUCUGUGUCAUCUUCAGUAGUUUCCUCACAGGUGUAGUUUUUUUGCUCAUGUACUACGCUUUUUUCCAUCCAAACGGGCCACGUUUCGGACACUCUCCAAGUUGCCAGCGCCUCGACCUGGAUGCCACAGCUCAGUUUUCGACUCUACCAUCUGAGGCUGGCACAAAUUCUCUGCGGUCCAAUCGAGGAGCCACCACAACACUGGAGCGUGAUGCUGCAAAAUACAUGGAAAGGGAUGGCUGCAUGCCAGUUUUUCAAGUGCGACCCACCGUGCCAUCCACGCCGUCGUCUCGUGCGCCACGCCUCGAUGAGACCGUCAUCAAGAUUGAUCUUUGUAGGAAUCGCUACCCAGCCUGGGAGCGCCACGUUCUUGAUCGUAGUAUACGGAAGGCCGUUUUGGCCAUAGACUGCUCCCUGACUCCUCCUCGGCUGCAGUAUAAAGAUGAUGCCUUGGUACAAGAGAGGUUGGAGUACGAAACCACAUUAUAGAGCUGUCAUCAUUCCACUCAGCAGCCAGAAUCAGCAAAACAGACUGUGGCAAUAAUACUGUAUGUCUCCCAGUUUCAUGUUGCACCCUUCUUUCUUUGUCUACUCAGUGACCUUCAAGGAGAAACCUGCCCCGUGGGCACUGAUCGAAACAGAGGGGAAGCCCAUUCACUUUCUCUCGAUGUGUUCUUAGGUGUUUCUUUUUUGUUAUUCUUUUUACUUCGGCUCAUCAGGGAAAUCCUGUGCGGAAUAAGAAAAAUGCAUAUCAACAGAGUGCUUCAAAACUCAAACCUCCAAGAGGCUGAUGCACUGUUUUGUUUCAGGUGGAUUGGGUUAAGGACAGCAACUCCAUAAGGAUGUUCAUGUUCCUCCAGGGUCCAACUUUGAAGUUACCAGAUGUAAACCCCACAAUGACACAGAGAGAAAAACAAAACUUGACAAAAAAUAUAUAUAUAUGUCUUACUGUGCAGGUGCCCUCAUGUUUAGAGAAUUCUGAUGAUUUAAUAGUGUCACAUCAGUUUGACAACACUAUCAUCUCCCUUUCCUAGUGCCAAAAAAUGUUUUCUUGAAGAUGGGGAGCGCCUUAGAGAUGGCAUGGUAAUCUUGCCACAAGUGAAGACUUUUAAUCCUCCUAGAUCAUUCUGGUGCCCACAGGAAGAAGGUAAACUACUUGAAGACAAUGGUUAAAGUAGCAUUUAUUUCUCAGUUGUCAAAGAAGUUGCAGAAGAAAAAGGUACAACUCUCAAGUUGGACAUGUAAAUCCACAGCCUGUAUCUCUUUACAGCUCACCGAAUGCCAUGAAAUUACAAACCUCCCUGGCAGCUCAAGUCCACAAAAUGCACAGCCUCCUCCGACUCGCUGAGUUCAAGUUGCACCUGUAGAUGUAGUAAUUCCUUCUGACUUUUAAUGAGGACUGCACCAGAUGUCAUUUGAAAUGAUAAAACAGGUGCGGUUAAUGCAAAGGAAACAGCCAGAAAGGAGAGGAGGCGUGCUUAACGCCAAAUCAAAGCAACCAAGAUGUACGAUACGUGAAUACAACAUGCAGCAUUUUCUUACUUUUUGAGCUCAGUAGAGGGUACUGACGUAAUUGUGAUUCUUGUUCUGUAUGUACAGUAUAGUGCAAAAGUAUUAGGUCACUAUUAAAUGUUGUUUUAGUAACUAUAAUAUGCCGCAAUACAAUACAAUGUUGGGUCAGUAAAGCACAGACAUAAACUAAGACCAAACUGACAAAAAAAUAAAUUAAAAAAAAUCAUAGUCUCUCAAUGACAGAACCUGUUAAUGCACUUUUAUCAGUAACCCAACCAAAACUAAAUAGGUUCUUCCUCAGUCUGUUUGCAAGCUAUUCACAUUUCAUGGAAACCAGAUAGGUAUUUUAUCUACCUGUAAUCCGUCUUCUAAUGACUGCUGUGAAAAAUGUUAUUAGAACAAUAAAGCUUAAGGUGACCUAAGACAUUGCACAAUACUGUGUGUAUGUGUGUCUGCAUAAUGAUGCGUGUGUUCAGAUAGUCUGUCAUGUACAGUACAUUUUGCUAUGGUGACUCGCCGUUGCCCCUUGUGGAAUUGAAUGAAAUUCCAGCAAGGUCAUGGUUCUUCGAGCUCGACCGCGAUCCAGUCAAGCAUGCCAUCAGAAAGCAUUGAAAUAUAGUUCUUUCUCAUCAAAAAUAUUAUCAGUGACUUGAAACAGCUAGGCACUGCAGACAAAAAGCUAAAAAGGUCAUAAAGGCCAUAUAGCCUACGGUAUAUUUCCACCUCCUCCCGAACAAUCUUAAACUAAAAAACAGAUUUCAGGGAAUUUUGAAAGCACAUGAUCACACUUAGAUGUCAUAUCAAAUCCAGCCCUUACACUAAUGCAACAUAGCUGCCAAGUGGUUGUUGUUUUAAGGGUUUGUGUAAUGUAUUUUCCCAAAGGAAGAAAAAAAGCACAGCAAAAGACAAUUGGAUUAUCAGAAUUAUACGUUUGAUCUGUUAAUUCAGAUUAAUCUACAAGUUGCAUCAUAUCAACUUCUCAAAUCAAUCCGUAUUGAAAUGGUUCAAGACAAAAGUCAUCAUAUCGCAAAUUCUUAGUGUACCAACUUAAAAAGACACGACAUAAGAGAGGCUGCAAUAUUAUUAUAAUCAUGAUUUUGCUAGGUAAUACAGUUUUCUUUGACAACAAAGACAUUUUAUGAGGAAGUCGUUUAUGGUUUAAACAUUUGCCACUACAUUUCAGCCUUUUCAACCUCAUUAUAAAUAAAAGAGUGUACUGCAACAUUAGUGAGAAGACAACCAUUUUAUUCGCCUUUUUCCAAGCCAAUUAGUGUGUCGUUGUGCAUGUACUGUAGUGUUUGGGUUAACCUAAUUGGAAAGGAGUUUUUUUGUAUGUUUUUAGUUAAAGGGACUAUACAGGAUUUUUAGAGUUAAUUUAAAAUACUUUGAUACUCCAGUCGUGCUCCACUAAUGCCCUGAUGAAUACACAGAGCCCUGACACAUUAACUGAGACUGCCCCAAAAAGCCAUUUUUCUUACCUUCAUUAGAGAGGGUUCGGGUCAACCACUCUCGGCAGACGCGCCUGGGUACGUCCACGUGUGUCCCAGCAGCAGCAGCGCUGUUUCAUCGAGCCUCUGCCUACUCUCCGCUUGGCAAAAUCACUUUUCUAACCCACUUAAGACUUGCUACUGUUUUUAUGUUACUGCUAAUUUGAUGGGCCAAACUCUUGUUGCUUUAUGUAUGUGCUCGUACAAGCAUGCACGCCAUGCACAAGCAACAGUUACGAUUUACGCCAGCGGUGGCAGUCGUGAGUAAAAAAGUGACUAAAACCGUAUAGUCCCUUUAAUAGUCCCAUGCCACACUUAUUUGCAUUUUAUGGUUUUUAAAAUACAGUGAUCUCUCGCUACUUCGCACGUCAAACUUCACGCCCCCAGUCCAUUGCGGAUAUUUUUUUUCAAUUAAAAAAAAAAAAAAAUACAGAUGAGCUGUCCCGGGCCGAUUGUAUAGUCUCACUCUUGCUCCCUCCCUCCCUCACCCGGCUCUUUGUUCAUCAGGCAGGCAGGCAGUGCACUGGAGUUACUUAUUAAAGUUAAAAAUGAUUGAAAGAUGAAUGUGUUUGAUCUUGCCAGUGUCACGUGCUUCAAAAGCGCUGCAUGCGUCAAUAAUCAUUUACCUUGUUAAACAGUUGCUGUGGCAACUCACUGUGUGUAAGUGAGCAGCUCCGUGAGAAUUUGAGUAGACUCACUCAAUGAAGUGUUUACUAAAGCCAAGCGUUUUUCUACUACUGAAUUCUUGUUUAGAAAUAAUUCGGUGGGACAGUAACAUGUUAAAAACUUAUCAUAAUUGUUACAUUUGAAGUGCUUAAAAAAUAUUGAAAUAUAUACAGUAUAUACUUUUUUUUAAAUUAUACAUUGGGUAAAAAAGUGAAAAAACAUGUAUUGUAUGUAUCUCUUUCCAAUGCUAAAUCUAAAUAAAUACAUUGAACACACACACACACCAAUAAUUUUUUUGUGCGGUACUUUUAUUCACCGUGAAAAACGAGGGAUCACUGUAUAUAUUUUAUACUCUUUUUCAAUUUAUUCUGAUCCAAACUGUUGGCAGACAGUAUUUUUGUUUCAUUAUUAUUGAAUAGCUCAAUAAGCUUUGAUCAGUUUUUAUUCGUCACAACAACAUAAAAUCUAGGAUCUGGCGCAGUUUGUUUUUCAAAGGUUAGUGCAAGUUUGCAAUCAAUAGACAAACCGCACAUACCUCAAACUUAAACAAGGUUACAGUCAUUUUGAUCUAUGUUAGGCUUAUUGCAGUAGGAGGCAAAAAAACAUAUUUUGAUGCCAUGAGACCUUAUAAAAGUGAGAUUUUAUUUGUUAUUGCAGUGUUUUUUGUUGGUUGAAAAAACAUAACAAAUAGAAACAGCUGCUUGCAGAGAUUACACACGGACAAACGUGAAAAUGUUGAAUGAGCACAGGAUUCCAGAUAGCACAAAUGCUACAUUUUACCUCAGAAGCUUAUAGUCAGCUGAAUUUUGGCCUUUCAAGGAAUUAAAAAAAAAAAACAGCUAUUAUUAGAGUAUGUACCAAAAGAAUUGUUCACAAAUCCAUAUUCAGUUGUUUCAAGCAUCUGAUAUUACAGUAUUGUGGAGUUUAAUAGUGUCGCUCUUAUCACCAUGGCGAUCCCAGAUUGCCCAUUUCAGUCAUC